AUGUCGCUUGAACUGGCCGGUGGUGAAAUGGGAGCUCACAACUAUUCUCACAAAAUGCUGCAAGAUAUGUGCAUUAUGCUGUUUAUAUUUUUGGCAUUCUUAAAUCAGUUGGCUCUAUCAUCAUCCUAUUACGCAUAUUCAGAUAAGAUUUCCAAAUCAACGAAUGGUUUGGAAGAAAUCUCAUAUCAUGCACUAUAUGAAUCAAUAGGAACCCCUAAAAAUGGAUAUAGCGGUGCCAUGGCUACUCUGGACGUAUAUAAUUUUGCAUACUUGAAGACACCUGAAGUAAGUGCUGCUAUGGUUAGAGUAUCAAAUUACGUUGACGAAAGGAGAAUUGGUCUCAAUGAUAUACAAGCUGGAUGGGCGAUUGAUCCAUUCACAUAUGGUGAUAGCAAAACCCACUUCUUUGUAUCUUGGACGACUGAUUUUUACAAUAAAACUGGAUGCUUUAAUUUGGAAUGUGAAGGUUUUGUGCCAGUGAACGAUGCCCCAGUGACUCCAGGAGAUGUGUUAGACCCAGCUAAUAACCAAACUAAAAUAACAUUCAAGAUAUUUAAGGACAAAAAUGAUGGAGAUUGGUGGCUCUACUUUGGAUACGACAUCAACAAUCUAAAACGAGCUGGAUUUUGGCCAAAGAAUAUUUUUAAUCGUAUGGAGGAUCAUGCUACUCAUGUACAAUGGGAAGGCUUUACUAAUGCCUACAAAGGACACUCAAGUCCUCCAAUGGGCAACGGGCGUUGGCCAGGAAAAAUGUCCGCAACCAUUCAGAAUGUGUUGUAUGUUGGUACCGAUGGCCAGUCCUAUGACCCUCCUGUUUGGCCUAUUGGUCUUGAAGUUUAUGUAACCAAUACGAGAUGCUACCAAGUUAGUAUAGUUGAGAAUAACAUGUUCUACUAUGGGGGGCCAGGUGGUUGCAAGCAUGACUGGUUAAAUAAAUAUUAA